UAUAUAAGAAAUACUCAAGUUAAUAAAAUAAAAAAAAGUUUUCUGUUUAUAUUGGAAGAAAAGUGGAAAGUUCUUAGGGGAAGUAUUGUUGGUCACUUUUUGUAUGAUAAAAAAAAUUAGCAGUUACGUUUCAGUUUUUAUAACUGUAAGAAAUACCCCUUCUAAGGCAAUGUUAUUACUAUACACAUAAAAAGACACAUACAUACAUACAUACAUACAUGCAUGCAUACAUACAUACAAACGUACACAGUACAUACAUACUGCAUACAUAGAAACAUACAUUUAUAAAAUUAAUACGAUCAUUUUACCAAAAUAUCUGAAACAACUAUUUGCAGAUGUGGCACCAUUUAAGUCAUAGGAUGGUUUAGUGUCAUUUUGACAUAUUUUAACAUGAAUUGUUUUCCCUGGAGAAUUUUAAUUGUCUGAACCCAGCCCCUCAUGGUUAUUGUUGCAGAAAUAUGAUAGACUUUUGGAAAUGAGCAUGGCCACAGAUUGAGUUACAUGGAUUCGAACCUUUAACAUGUAUCUUGUUGUAUGAUUAUGGGUCUCAUUACUUCUUUUUGGAAAAGAAAUUUUAGUCUGUGCUAUAUAGAUUGCCAUUCCAGUGGGUGUUCUGAGCAGCAAUUAUUGAAAACACUCCCUUCUUUUGAAAAUUUGUACCCAGCUGGAGGAAAGUCAUAGUUGUCUCAGCUUUUGACUCUGACUUUUAGUGAGAGAAAUGAAGAAGAGGAAAAUAUGUCCCCUUUCGAGGGGAGGCAAUGAGCAAUUGUAUGCACAUCUGGUGACUUACUGCUCAAGACUCCAAAGCAUUUAAAAAUAUUGAUUAAGUCUCAACCUGUUGGGAAAUUGUUGCCAGAACUUUCCUUUUGUCCCUAGAAUUGCUGAGGCUCUGAGCUUUAUUUAACUUGCUGAAUCUUGUGUUAUGGCCAGAAAAAGACCUCAGGAGCCCUGUUCCCUGGGUUCUUAUUAUUCUUGACAAGAGUUGUUAAAAUUGCAGGCUUUUCAACAUACAAACAAAAGCAGAAUCAUACAAUUUCAAAGCAAAGAUGUAUGGACAUAUACCACACACACACACACACACACACACACACACACACACACACGCAUACACGCACACAUGUAAAUAUUUUGAAAUAGAUUCAGACUCAGAUAUAUUGUUUUGUGUUUGCAACAAUAAUUAAUCGUAGUUACUGUUUGGGGUUUUCCCUGUCUCUCUUCGGCAUAUUUAUUUCAGCAUUAAUUGGCUUAACAUGAAAUCAAAAAGUGUUACAGGUUUAGCCUUUUAUUCUAAACCACUUCAUGUUUUAAGUAAUGUGUCUCAAGGGAAAGAUGCAUGAAGCAUCCAUGGUAGUUAGAAAUUAUCACCUGCCAUUAAAAAUAAGUGCAAAGCAUAUGAUGUCAAGGUGAAUGUAUCACAUGCCAUAAUCAAUGAUGAAUCAAAGUAAUUACCAUCCAAGCGGAGCAUGAAUGGAACCCAAAACCAAUUAAGCUAUUUAUUUCAACUGUACCACUAAAUAAACACUUUAGAAUUUUAAUUUGCUCCUCUUUUUAUCUGCUUCAGGAGUACGUUUUGCUUAUAUGACGGAGACGUACAAUUGCUAUUUAAUUAACCUAUUUUUGUCAACACCUCACAGAAGUAGAGGUGUUUAAGUCUCAAUAACGAUGAUCCUGAUAAGAAUAACAAAUGUGAAAUCUUUUACCAGUCAGUUUUACAAUGUUCCACCAAACUGCAACACCCAAAGAAUAAAGGAAGUAGGUUGACUUAAUAAAACUGACUUGGAAAUACUUGCAAAUACAUGUUGAACCAAUUUGAGGUAAUUAAGUUCAGGACAAUAUUAGCAGAGUUUAAUUGCCAUCCCUUUGUUCCUGACACAGCGCUGUGCUCUGUUACAACUAACUAACAAGAGGGUUGCAGUGCUGGAGUUGAUGAGGAUGCUGGGCUAUCUGGGAAAUGCAUCCGUAGGAGAGCCACUCAUCUAGUUACUAACAGAGUCAUCAUGGAGUCUUGAUCUACCUAUCACCCGUUGUCUAAGGUCAGCGUCAAAGCCCUGAAGACAGAUGGAUUUGUGGUGACGUUGAGGGCAAACACAAAUGUUUUCAAUGGGAGACAAACUAGUGACAAGGUUGGCCACCCCUCUAUUAUUAGUUCGCAUAGGAAGAGAGGCUGGAACAACUCAAAGCAGAUACUGUGCUGCAGGCGGAACUUAGUGGGCGAGCACCUGCCCUGGGCCUGAUCCUCAGGGUGAGUAGAAAACAAACAAAAACCACUUAGGUUAAAUAAAGCAGGAUUCUACCCAUAAAAACACAGUGGUCUGGUCAUUGGCACGAAGGUGGCAAACUUUGACCCUGCACUUUGAAGUUUCUUGAGUAGACAUUUUUAGUUAUAGUUCCAGGCCUACCCCAACCUGCCCUUUGUUUACCCUUUCACAUAUUCCCCAAGCUUUCAGAGCUUUAAGCUUUCUAAACUACAGCUUAGAGGACCCUGGAUUCUGUACCCGCUGUGGCAAACCCAAGUCACCACUUUCAAAUUGGGUAAUCAAAACUUCAUUCCAUAGCCCUGAGUUAAUAGUGAUCCUCCUGCAUCAGUCUCUAGAGUGUUGUCUAUUACAUUCCACUGAGAAGCCCGCCUUUUACUUCUUGGAACCGUCUUAGAAUGCCAGCUCCAGAAGUCCUCCCUGGGCUGGGCCAAUGUCUUUUACAGCAUAGAUAGCUGUGGGUUGUGUGUUUUGCUGAAAGGAUGAACAGGUUUGACCUGAGAUCUGAGUUGAUUUCCUACUCAAGUUCCUUGUGAGAGGGAUACAUGGAUGUGUUAUGAAAAUCAAGACACAGAAGUGUCAUGAUGUAGAUCACCUGUGUUUUCCCAGUAAAAUGUGUGUUCCGAUGUGUAUUUUCCCUUCUCAAAGAAGCUUUUUAACUACAGGUACUUUGCACGUGGUGGGAGUUCCAUGUGCAGGCACACUAGCCUUUUAAAAAGUGACACAUGUUUUCAAAAGAAUGUUUAGACCCCAAACCCAGACUUUCGUCAAAUUUACAUAAAUGUCUUCAAGGACUGGAAAGGAGUCCACAUAAGCGUCAUCAAGAGUAGCAGAAUUUCGGAUAAGUAUAGGAAAUAUGCCCCAUUUAAAAAUACAUUCAGAUUCUAAAAUCUCCCUCUUGCCAAAGCAAACCAGUUUAUAAGCUUCUGGCUUGUAAGACCCGGGUGCGUUUUGCCAUGCAGAUGCAAUACAAGAGCCUGCAUCAGCUGCUCCUUUUAGAUUCCCAGGGAUUUCCAAGAAGCCUGCCGGACCCUCUGCAUGAACAUCCCGUUCCUUGGUCAUUAGAGAAGUACAUUUAGGUAUGGAAAACACACCAUAGGGAAGGGAUUUAAUCCGACCUGUCUUCCCACAGACAAAACUGGAAAAGAAUACACACAAACACAUUGCAUCAAAUCCGUAGGGGAAAUAACGCUGCAGCCUGCAGCCGCUCAGGGAGAUGCUGAGAAACCAGAACAGACAAACCAAAUCAUCGUAGGGCAAACCCACCAUAUGUAGCAAACAACCAGUGCAAUUAUAUUCUGCAGUUGAGGAAUUACAUAAAUUGCCCACUGGGAAGGAAGCCUUAAUCUCCACCCCUCCCAGGAAAUCUACAGACAGCUGUGCGCUGUCGCUGUGUCUUUCUGAAAGGUUGAACACAUUUGAUCUGAGAACCAACUUGAUUUCCUAAUCAGGUUUGAUGUGAGAGACCGGUUAUGGAUGUAUGUGAUUCUCCCGGUGUGCGUCUUUGAUUCAUACGCUAAUUACGUCGAUCCUUUGGGGAGCACAACCACGGAGCUGGGUCCUCCUUGAUUAAUGCUGGCAGAGAGCCAUGCAGCGCGCAGUGGAGAGCCGCUCAGCAGCUUCAGUCCCAGCUGAGAAUAUGGUCCCAUUAUCUCCCAGCUGCCUAACCAGUCCAUAAGGGCCUGUUCUGCGUGGAUGAUCAGUGUAGUGGAAGGAGGGACUCGCUGAGAGCUGAAAUCUCUGUUUGAUUUGCUGUAACACGUAAGACGAACCGGGAAGUUUUACUUUACAGUCCAUUAAAGGUUGCACAAAGCUUAAAAGGAACAGAAGCAGCAGUUCUAUUCACUUGUUAUUGGACUUGAAACUCCUUUGACCUCGGAAGCUGAAGAUGAGGUUGCCAUGGGAACUGCUAGUGCUGCAAUCAUUCAUGUUGUGCCUUGCAGAUGACUACACACUACAUGGCCCAGUUUUUGUUCAAGAGCCAAGUCAUGUCAUGUUUCCUUUGGAUUCUGAGGAGAAAAAAGUGAAACUGAGUUGCGAAGUUAAAGGGAAUCCAAAGCCUCACAUCAGGUGGAAGUUAAAUGGAACAGAUGUUGACAUUGGUAUGGAUUUCCGCUACAGUGUUGUUGAAGGCAGCUUGUUGAUCAAUAACCCCAAUAAAACCCAAGAUUCUGGAACGUACCAAUGCAUAGCAACAAACUCGUUUGGAACAAUUGUAAGCAGAGAAGCAAAGCUUCAGUUUGCAUAUCUUGAAAACUUUAAGACAAGAACAAGAAGCACAGUGUCAGUCCGUCGAGGUCAGGGAAUGGUCCUCCUGUGCGGCCCGCCACCCCAUUCUGGAGAGCUGAGCUACGCCUGGAUCUUCAAUGAACACCCUUCCUAUCAGGAUAACCGCCGCUUUGUUUCUCAAGAGACUGGCAAUCUGUAUAUUGCCAAGGUGGAAAAAGCUGACGUUGGUAAUUAUACGUGUGUGGUUACCAAUACUGUGACCAGCCACCAGGUCCUGGGACCGCCUACACCACUAAUCCUGAGAAAUGAUGGGGUGAUGGGUGAAUAUGAACCCAAAAUAGAAGUACAGUUUCCAGAAACUGUCCCGGCUGAGAAAGGAUCAACAGUCAAGCUGGAAUGCUUUGCCUUAGGAAACCCAGUCCCAACUAUUCUAUGGAGAAGAGCUGAUGGGAAGCCGAUAGCAAGGAAAGCCAGAAGACACAAGUCCAGUGGAAUUCUGGAAAUUCCCAAUUUUCAGCAGGAAGAUGCUGGUUCCUAUGAAUGUGUGGCCGAAAACUCCAGAGGCAAAAACAUAGCAAAGGGACAGGUGACUUUUUAUGCUCAACCUAACUGGGUUCAAAUAAUAAAUGAUAUCCACGUGGCCAUGGAAGAGAGUGUCUUCUGGGAAUGUAAAGCAAAUGGGAGGCCCAAGCCUACCUAUAGGUGGCUUAAAAAUGGUGACCCACUGUUAACACGGGAGAGAAUACAGAUCGAGCAAGGAACACUCAACAUAACAAUAGUGAAUCUCUCAGAUGCCGGCAUGUACCAGUGUGUGGCAGAGAAUAAACAUGGAGUUAUCUAUGCCAGCGCUGAACUUAGUGUAAUAGCUGAAAGUCCAGAUUUUUCGAGAACACUCUUAAAAAGAGUAACACUUGUCAAAGUGGGUGGUGAAGUUGUCAUUGAGUGCAAGCCGAAAGCAUCCCCAAGACCUGUCUACACCUGGAGAAAGGGAAGAGAAAUAUUAAGAGAAAAUGAAAGAAUUACCAUUUCUGAAGAUGGAAACCUCAGAAUCAUCAAUGUCACUAAGUCUGACGCUGGAAGUUAUACCUGCAUAGCCACUAACCAUUUUGGCACUGCCAGCAGCACUGGGAAUGUGGUUGUGAAAGACCCAACAAAGGUGAUGGUUCCCCCUUCCAGCAUGGAUGUCACUGUGGGAGAAAGCAUUGUUCUUCCAUGCCAGGUGACACAUGAUCACUCACUGGACAUUGUCUUUACUUGGACAUUUAAUGGACACUUGAUAGACUUUGACAAAGAUGGAGACCACUUUGAAAGAGUUGGAGGGCAGGAUUCAGCUGGUGAUUUGAUGAUCCGAAACAUCCAACUGAAGCAUGCUGGGAAAUAUGUCUGCAUGGUCCAAACAAGUGUGGACAAACUCUCUGCUGCUGCGGACCUGAUUGUAAGAGGUCCUCCAGGUCCUCCUGAGGCUGUGACCAUAGACGAAAUCACAGACACCACUGCUCAGCUGUCCUGGAGACCUGGACCUGACAACCACAGCCCCAUCACCAUGUAUGUCAUCCAAGCUAGGACUCCAUUCUCCGUGGGCUGGCAAGCAGUCAGUACAGUUCCAGAACUCGUUGAUGGGAAGACAUUCACAGCAACUGUGGUGGGUUUGAACCCCUGGGUUGAAUAUGAAUUCCGCACUGUUGCAGCUAAUGUGAUUGGCAUUGGGGAACCCAGCAGGCCCUCAGAGAAACGGAGGACUGAAGAGGCUCUCCCCGAAGUCACCCCGGCUAACGUCAGUGGUGGUGGAGGCAGCAAGUCUGAACUGGUUAUAACCUGGGAGACAGUCCCUGAGGAAUUACAGAAUGGCAGAGGCUUUGGUUACGUGGUAGCCUUCCGGCCACAUGGCAAAAUGAUCUGGAUGCUGACAGUGCUGGCUUCAGCUGAUGCCUCCAGAUACGUGUUCAGGAAUGAAAGCGUGCGUCCAUUCUCUCCCUUUGAGGUUAAAGUGGGUGUCUUCAAUAACAAAGGGGAAGGCCCUUUCAGUCCCACCACCCUGGUGUAUUCUGCUGAAGAAGAACCCACCAAGCCACCAGCCAGUAUCUUUGCCAGGAGUCUUUCUGCCACAGAUAUCGAAGUUUUCUGGGCCUCCCCUAUUGGGAAGAACAGGGGACGGAUUCAAGGUUAUGAGGUAAAAUAUUGGAGACAUGAUGAUAAGGAAGAAAAUGCUAGAAAAAUACGAACAGUUGGAAACCAGACAUCUACGAAAAUCACCAACUUGAAAGGGAAUGCUCUGUACCACCUAUCUGUCAAGGCUUAUAACUCAGCUGGGACAGGACCCUCCAGUGCAGCAGUCAAUGUCACGACCAGAAAGCCACCACCAAGCCAACCCCCUGGAAACAUCAUAUGGAAUUCAUCGGACUCCAAAAUUAUCCUGAACUGGGAUCAAGUGAAGGCCCUGGAUAAUGAGUCAGAAGUAAAAGGAUACAAAGUCUUGUACCGAUGGAACAGGCAAAGCAGUACAUCUGUCAUUGAAACGAACAAAACGUCAGUGGAGCUUUCUCUACCUUUCGAUGAAGACUACAUCAUAGAGAUCAAGCCAUUCAGUGACGGAGGAGAUGGCAGCAGCAGUGAGCAGAUCCGAAUCCCAAAGAUAUCAAAUUCCUAUGCAAGAGGAUCUGGGGCUUCUACCUCCAAUGCGUGUACACUGUCAGCCAUCAGUACAAUAAUGAUUUCUCUCACAGCCAGGUCUAGUUUAUGACAAAAGUUAUCUAAAGGACUCACUAUUUAUAAUAUAAGCAACAUUUAGCUAGUUGUUUUGAAGACACCCAGUACUAAGUAAUAUUGUUGUUCAAGUACAUCUUAUUACUGGAAAAAAAUGUUUUUUGCUUCGUUAGGAAUGGCAUUAUACAGUACUUCCUCAAAGCAAAUCUAGCUUUGUCUGAAGUUUCUUUGGAAACUCUGCAAUGCACUGAAGACAUCUGUAAUAUGAUGUUACCAAAGCAGUUUACAUAUGUCCUUAUAUGCAUAUUUUUUAUUAUAUAUUUAGUGUUUUAUAGAAUUUUUUAAAGUUAACAUAUAAUGUAGAUAUUGUUUUUUUUUCUUCCUCUGCUGUAAAAUGCUCUGGGCAACACAACCACACAAUUAUGAUUUGAGACGAUUUCCUUUAAGGACAGAGUUUGAAAAUCAUCUCAGUAGAUGAAUUACAAUUGACUUGUACAGUUUUACAAGGAUCUGGUGUCAAAACAUCUAGAGACUGGGUCUGUAACUCAAGGCUGCUGUAUAUAAAUUAUUCCUUGAAUGGUUAAUGCAUUGAAUCGAGUCCCCUUGACAUAUGUGAUAUGUUUUCCCACCCUGUUGUGAAUUUUGUUGCUCAACACAAUUUGAAAUGGUUUCAGGAGCUACACAUCCCCAAAAGCUAAACUUCCCAGCCCAUGAGGCACCUUGUGCAAUCCUCCCAUCCCUGAACUUAGCAUUGUCUGGUAAGACUUUAUUUGAGCACCGUCCUUGUGGUAGCAUUAUCUUAGGCAUUGAAUUUGAAGUUACAUAUCCUGUAGUAACAUAGAUGAAAAGUUACUAUAGUCAAAUGAGUCUUUCAUGGCAUAAAAGGUAAUUUUACUCUUUAGACAUAUCUGUUUUGAAUGUAAAUUUUUUAAAACUCCUGUCGAUGCAUUUAUAAUUUCAAGAUUUCUUAGAUACCAUGUAUAAUUGUAAUGAUAGAGUCCUUCUUUUGAAUGACAAUAACAUAUGUAAUUUGAAAACUUUUUCCUACUUUAGCAGAUAGCUGCUACAAAGAAUUUUACAUAUAACUCUCUAAACUAUCAGUAGUCCAUGUGCAUUGGACCUUGAUGUCUCUCCCAUUUUGCAGUAGCUAGUUUGGUUGCUUUAUAAGCUUUACCUUCUAAAUCUUAAAGUCAUACAAUGAAAGAUGGCAAUAUCAACAAAACCUUAUUCUUAUGAAAAGAACUAUUUAUUAUGAUGGGGGAUGUUUUGUAAGCUGACAAGGGUGGAACAUAGAAGGCAAUGGGAUUUCCUAUAAAGCUUUUCAUGUGAAAACACGCAAUCACCUUUUUAGUCUUUCUUGGAGAGCUCACGAUUGCCUGUAAUUUGUCAUUUUUUGCUUACACACAUAACAUAGCUUUUCAACCUGCUAAUUAUAUUCAUCCAAUAAAGUCAUCAUCAAAAUUCCAUUUGUGUAAAAAUUAGGAUGCUAACAGGGAAAAUAUUGUCAGUAUUUCAACUGUGUUCCUUUCUUACUUUGAUAUGGCUUACUUCUAUGUUCAAAUACGAUUUAAAGUCACAUGCAAAAAAAUCAACUAAAUAAUAAAAUGAAUGAAAAAAGCCUGAUACCCCAGGUAAGCCCAAUCCCAGUGUAAAUGAUAUCUACCAGUGAUCUAGCAUAUGUAAUCUUUUUAAAGGUAUUGUUAAUAAAUAUUCUGUCGUUUGUAAAAA